AUAUAUAUGAUAGUGUAAGUGAUUCAAAGUCACGGCAGCAAUUUACUCACCAAAUUAAAACCUUCUUCUACAAAAUCAAAUCACGAAGAAAUGUCGUGGUCGAAUGAAAGCUCUUAUUCGCAGCCAAUAUACAUGCAACAAGAAGAUGCAAUAAAGGAAGAAGAAUUGAAGACCUUCGUCUCCACUCUGCCACAUAAGAAGACGCAUUUUGGACCCUCCAUCUACCAGUACCAAGGUUUCUGGUAUCCUCUCAGCAUCCUUUCUGGUGUAAUGAAUUUCCAGCGCAACUUCCAUUCUCAAUCUUCCGACAUCUUCACCAUAACUUUCCCCAAAUCAGGCACCACCUGGCUGAAAUCGCUCCUCUUCACUCUUUCCAACCGCCGCCAAUUCCCCGUCAACGACGCAAACCACCCAAUUCUUACCGCCAAUCCACACCAGCUCGUCCCGACACUUGAAAUCGCUCUCUACAUCAAAGAUCAAAACCCUAAUUUGGACCACCUGCUUUCUUCCCCAAGGCUUCUCGGCAGCCACUUGCCUUGGACUGUUCUUCCCGAACCUAUCAAGAACUCAUCCACCAAUAAAAUCGUGUACCUGUGUAGGAAUCCUAAGGAUGUGUUUGUGUCCUUAUGGCACUAUGAAAACCAGUUAGUGGGCCCAAACAAGAUGGGUCUGGAUUCUUUCAAGAAGUCUUUUGAAUCGUUUUGCGAGGGGUUGAAUCUAUCCGGACCAUUUUGGGAUCAUAUCCUAGAUUACUGGAAAGAAAGCAAGAAGAAUCCUGGUAAGAUAUUUUUUCUAAAAUACGAGGAUAUGAAGGAGCAGCCCGGAUUGCAUCUGAGGCGCCUGGCGGAGUUCCUCGACUGUCCGUUCUCUAGCGAUGAAGAGGAAUCUGGUCUGGUGGAGGAUAUUGUGAAACUUUGCAGCUUUGAGAAUCUGAGCAAUUUGGAAGUGAACAAGAACGGGAAAGUAUCACAGACAGGUAUGCACAAUAGUGCUUUCUUUCGUAAAGGAAAAACUGGAGACUGGAAAAGUCAUCUGUCGGAGGAGAUGAUCCUAAAGCUCGAUGGAAUAUGCAACGACAAGCUUGGUGGAUUCGGAAUAGGAUUAGGAUUAGGAUACUAAUCCGAAUUCCCACUUUAUCAAAAAUAUUAUGUUGAAGAAUAAUGUGGUGUUAGGUAAAAUAAGUAUGGUCAAGUGUUAGUCUUAACUUACUAAGAACUUUGGGUUAUUCUAGACAAUUAAAGUUGUCUUAUUUCCCAUGUUCAAGUAUUAAGUGUGGUCAAGUAUUAAGUCUUAACUUGACUAAGAACUUUGGGUUAUUGUAGACAAUUAAAGUUGUCUUAUUUCCCAUGUUCAAAGUAUAAGUGUGGUCAAGUGCUAAGUCUUAACUUGACUAAGAACUUUGGGUUACUCUAGACAAUUAAGGUUGUCUUAUUUCCCAGGUUCAAUUAAGUAUUUUAUCAUAUUUUUCAUUUAGAAUAAGUGUGGACAAGUGUUAGUCUUAACUUGACUAACAACUUUGGGUUAUUCUAGACAAUUAAAGUUGUCUUCUUUCCCAUGUUCAAUGAAGUAAGUUAUUGUAUUUUUCCUUAAAUGAGUGUGAUAGAUCUAUCAACGUGUGAAAAAUAAAUCAUCCAUGUUCCAUAUAA